AUGCAUAUGCCUCCCAAACAAACACACUGCACACACACACACACAGACUCGGUCAUUGAUGCCAACGCCCAUAUCGACACAGAUACCCACGUGCAGUUUCACAUACAUGUAUGUUCCCUUGGAGGUUCUUCUGGGUCUGCUUCCACACCAAUAUGCACAUCCCUAGAGGACACAGAGACACACAGGUCUAAUCAUUCUUCCUUAGAUAAAUACACAGGCAGGGGAUCCCAAGCACACUUUUGUGUGCUCCAAAUCAGCAAACAUGCCACGUGUAGUAGUCAUGGUCCCACUGCUACCUCAGUGCUACGUAAGGGCAGGCUCAUACCCUGA